UGGAUGUGAGCUGCCGUUAAACACCAGAGAAGAAGAAGAAGCCGGUAGUGACGUGAAAAUGGCGUCCUCCGCUGCCCGGCUGACUACACGCUGGUUAACAGCAUCAGUUUCUUCUGGAUAUCGUAGCGGCCGUUUUCUCAUUAUUCCCGCCGGGAAUGGAGGAGUUUGUCCAGCGACCAUAUCACAGACACACCGGGCAGGGACGGCGGUUAGCCUGAGCUCCUGGACACGCGGAAAUGCCGUGACAUUGAGAGGACUGACAGGGGUGAGAUGUCCCCAUGGCAUUAGCUGCUGCUCUUUCCACUGCAGCAGCAGACUAGCAAACAAGCAGGACUUGUAUGAAGUCCUGGGCAUCUCCCGCACCGCCUCACAGAAGGAGAUCAAGAAGGCUUACUACCAGCUGGCAAAGAAGUACCACCCAGACACCAACCCAAACGACCCAGAGGCCAAAGAGAAGUUUGCAAAGCUAGCUGAAGCAUAUGAGGUGCUGAGUGACGAGGUGAAGAGGAAGCAGUAUGACACGUACGGGGUGUCGGGCUUUGACCCGAACCGUGCCGGUGCUGGUCAGCAGCAGUACUACAGAGCUGGGGGCGCCACUAUAGAUCCAGAGGAGCUCUUCAGGAAGAUCUUUGGAGAGUUUACAGGAGGCAUGGGCUUCGGAAACAUCAACAGCAUGUUUGAAGAAAGGCCUGAAUUUGUGAUGGAGCUUACGUUUUCGGAGGCAGCAAAGGGCGUGAAUAAGGAGCUGAAUGUGAACAUUGACGACACAUGCCAGAGGUGUGACGGGAGGGGUAACGAGCCGGGGACUAAGGUGUCUCACUGUCACUACUGCAAUGGCACAGGGAUGGAGUCGAUCAGCACAGGACCCUUCAUGAUGCGCUCAACGUGCCGGCGCUGUGGUGGGAAAGGAUCCAUCAUAAACACGCCCUGCGCCCUGUGCAGAGGCUCAGGCCAGACUAAGAAGAGGCAGACGGUCACUGUGCCCGUACCUGCCGGAGUGGACAAUGGUCAGACGGUGCGAAUGUCAGUAGGAACUAAAGAAAUCCUCAUUACAUUCAGAGUUCAGAGGAGCCCAGUGUUCAGACGUAACGGAGCAGACAUCCACUCUGAUGCCUUCAUCUCAAUAGCGCAGGCUAUCCUGGGAGGCACAGCCACCACACAGGGCCUCUAUGAAACCAUCAGUAUCGCGAUUCCCGCCGGCUGCCAGGCUGAUCAGAUCAUCAGGCUGCAGGGGAAAGGCAUUCGGAGGAUAAACAGCUACAGCUACGGAGAUCAUUAUGUUCACAUUAAGAUCAAAGUGCCCAAGAAGUUGACUCGGAGGCAGCGCUCUCUGCUGCUGAGUUAUGCAGAGGAAGAGACGGAGGUUCAGGGGACUGUCAGCGGCGUCAGUCCUUCAGGAGAAGGGGGCAGCAGCACUUCAGCCACCAGCACAAAGUCAACCACAUCAGAGGAGGGACAGGACAAGCAGAAGGAGAAAGAGGAGGAGGGAGGCUUCUUUUCCAAACUAAAGAAAAUGUUUAGCUGACACUGAGACUGCAGGUAAAAAAAAGAAGCAAGCAAAACAACACGGUACAGGAAGAUGAAAGAAUCUACACACCGGUCCUCCACGCCGUCUCCUCUUGUUUUAAAAAUCCAGCCAGGAGUAGAAGGAGGAGAGAAGCACAGUGGCAUUUGUGUUGACACAGUCGCACAUUGUUGAACUUUGAGUUGGAGAAUGAGUCAGGGCCACCCACAUGACGACCCAUCACCAUGAGCACAGGCAGGUGCUCGGCUGAGGAUUUCUAGAUGUGCUCACAAAUAAACCAGAAAGUGAUUUUUGCUUAUUUUUCUGUUACCUGUCAUCCCUCCUUAUUGUCUUUGAAGCUGCUCGAUGAGGCAGCUCUCCACAGGCAGGAAUUCUGUCAAACUGUGUAAGACAACCCUUUAAAUGUAAAUGUGUUAUAAGUAAAAACAUGUUAACAGGAUUGCAACUGGAUAAAGAUUGACUCGGAUUUUUCACAUUGGAAUUAUGUCAUGACCUACAUGAUGCUAUAUGACAGCUAAAAGGUUCCCAUCAACUUCCAAUGUCCUUAAAAAUGAAGCGUGGGUGUAAAUUCUUGGUAAAGUCUGAAGUUUGACUCUAGUUAUAUUGAAAUUUUAGGCAGUGUAAUAAAAUGAAAUGCAGCUAUUGCGACUGCAGUAAGCCGGUGAUCAGCAGAUGAAUGCAAGAUUUACUAAGGUAAAAACAUUCACUUCAAUCAGUGUUACACCCAGACUUUCCGCAUCAUUUCCA